UUCUGACAACGUCUGGUUGAUUUUCAUUUCUGUGAGUGAAUCUUCACACCUAACUUCACCAUCAACACGGUAAUUACCAAGAUGCCGCAAAAGACCAUUCAGGAUUUGGAUGCCUACAUUAAGGCGACAGCCGUCGUGUACGACCACUCCAACACCAAACUCGUCAGCAGGAAGACUAAAGUCAGCAGGCGUAGGAAGGAGGCGUUUCUUUCUGUGCUUCCAUACAGGAAACCGUCUUCUCAUUACCACUCCCAUGAGAGAAAGACAUCAUCAUGGAUUACCCGUAAACAAAGAAGUAAACCUACAACAGAAUGUCAUACCAAAGACGUAAAACAGAAACUGCUGGUCUUUGUCCGGACUCCCUCCCCACAUAGGCCCAAGACACUUUAUUUCGAACUCCAUCCCGAGACAUCCGUCUCAUCUCUCAAAGAGGUAAUCCAGAAGAAGAUCGGUGUGGAGGCACGAUAUCAGCGUCUGUACAUCAGGGAAAUCUUCCAGCUCUGUGACUUGCUCACACUUGAGGAGAAUGGUGUCGACAAGAACGAAAUCAUCUCUCUCCGGCUGUCAAUAGAAGACCCAAAAGAUAAAGCUAACAUUGAUGAUGAGUACCUCAAGGACUUGUCAUCGAAAAUUGAAUCGUCGUGGAAGGAACUUGCCAAACACCUAGGAUUUGAAGAAGCGGAAAUUGCAAACAUCCAAACCACCAACGAAGGCAGCACCGAAGAGAGCCGUCACAUGCUACUCACUUGGUGGGAAAAGACGACAGAUCGCGACGAAGCAGCUAAGAAGCUGAGACGAGCAUUGGAGGCCAUCAGGCUGACUGAUUUGGCCCAAAAUGUACCGGUAACGAACGAAUCGAGUGACGAAGCAGCUGGACCCGAGCCAGAAAGGCGUCAAGAUGCAGGAGUUGACGAGGAAAACAAACAAAACGGGGCGGCAUCAACAGACGAAGAAAAUGUGAAAAACGACGAAGUCCCAAACGACAAAGCCGCCAUUGACGAUGAGUACCUCAAGGGCUUGUCCCCGAAAAUUGAGUCAUCAUGGAAGGAAUUGGCCAAACACCUAGGAUUCGCAGAAGCGGAAAUUGCAGACAUCCAAACCACAAACAAAGGCAGCAUUGCAGAUAGCUGUCACAUGCUACUCACUUGGUGGGAAAAGACGACAGAUCGCGACGAAGCAGCUCAGAAGCUGAGACGAGCAUUGGAGGCCAUCGGGCUGACUGAUUUUGCCCAAAAUGUACUGGUAACGAGCGAAUCGAGAGACGAAGCAGCUGGACCCGAGCCAGAAGGACGUCAAGAUGCAGGAGUCGACGAGGAGAGCAAACAAAAUGGGGCGGCAUCAACCGAAGAAGAGAAACUGAAAAAAGAACCAGUUGGUGAUCAAGACAAACCUGGACUUAUCAGAUAUCUGCAGGUCUUCAUCAGAAUUCACUGCUCACAUAGACCGAAGAUAAUGUGCUUGCAAGUGGAUCCAGAGACAUCUGUCUUGCUCUUAAAAGUGAUAAUAAGCGAGAAAAUUGGUGUGCCACCUCAAAAACAUCGACUGUUCAUCCGAAGAAACUUUCGUAACUUUGAGCUCCAUAACUUGCUGACACUUCACGACUGUGGAAUUCAUCAGGACGAGAACAUCUCACUCCGUCUGUGUACUGAUGGCCUACUGGGUGGUGGACACAAAGUAACGAAGGGAAUCAAGCAGAAUGAGACUACAUCAUUAGAGGAUCAGAGACGGGGACAACAGGGAGUUGUUCAUCGACACAAAUCUCAACCACCGGUACAAGUUGGAGGGACUGGGACAGAAAGCAGAUCAGUAACGAAGAGGAUCAAGCAGAAAGAGACUACAUCAUCUGAGGACCAGAGACAGGGACAACAGGGAGCUACUCAUCGAGACAACCCUCAAACAGUGACUGGGACAGAAAGCAGAUCAGGUACACUACCUGACGACAAAUCCAUAUGGAAUCAAUCCAAGAAGAUUGGAACACGUUGGGAAGAAUUGGCCUUAAACCUGGAUUUUUCUAAAGAAGAUAUUAAUAUAAUAAAGGCUGAUCAUCCCAACAAUACUGUAAGGCAGUGCUUUGAGAUGUUAAGCGCAUGGUGGAGAAAGCAGGACAAUUACACAGAAGCAAGACGGACGUUGGAGAAGGCUCUGAUUGAUUCGGGCAGGCAAGAAUUGGAUCGGGGCAUAUCAGCCGCGACGGGAAGAGCGCAAUCCAGUCCGAGUGAUGCUGCUGAUCAGUGCAGGAGUGAAUUAAAAGAGCGUUAUAUCACCACAGGUAGCUACGUUCAGUUAAUUCCCUGGGUCGAUGACGACAUGAAACAUAUCAGGGAUAUAUAUACAGAGUUACAAUUAGAAAAGGGUGACCAGGAUGACAUAGAGGGCGAUGUUGCGGAGUAUGGGGACAUUUUCCUCGUUAAAACAAAAGACGGGAAUGUGAUUAAACGCGGCAUUUUGAGUGGAUCACCUGGGAUGGGGAAGUCAACCAUUAUUGACAAAAUGGCGUACGACUGGGCUGUAGGUGGUGCACUCGGACAGUUUUCACUUUUGUUUGUCUUGAAAAUGUCCGCUCUCAAAGAAACGUCGGAGCUUGUUGAGUCGGUGUUUUCUCAACUUUUAGCAGAUGAUACAGCUGUAGAUAAGGGUGGCUUGGAAGCAUUCAUUAAAGACAAUGGUAGUAGAGUGCUCAUUCUGAUAGAUGGUUUUGAUGAAUUCACGACAACAAACCUCGAACCAGAGAAAUUUGGGUCCAUUCUAAGAAUGCUUAAUCGAAAAUUUGGCAAAGAAUGUUUUGUAGUUGUAACAACACGUCCCUCACACUUGAACAAAUUGAAGAGCAAAUCACUAAUUGAGAAACCUUUCACCCAUGUGAAUGUUUUGGGAUUUAGGAGGGAAGAUAUUGGGCAGUAUGUGAGAAAUUUUUUCCCUGCAAAGCUUGAUGAGGCUGAGGGACUCCUUGAUAGGAUUCGGUCAUCGAAUGUCAUGUCUGAUUUAGCAAGGAGUCCCAUGAUACUCCUGCUAAUGUGCUCAUUAUGGAGGGAAGAGGGAACACUACCUGAUACUUUAUCUAGAUUGUUCAGUGAGGCAAUCAGAUACAUAUUUCAAAGAAAAAUGUCUGAAUUAUCAGAAGAAGCAAUAUCGGAAGUGGUGAUUGCAAUCGGCAAAGUUGCUUUAGAAGGGCUUGUUUACCCAGAGCAAAGGCUUUCAUUUCAAGAGAGAGAGUUUGAGAAGAGUGCGCUUGAUAAAGCAAUACAAGUGGGCAUUCUCACUAGCCAGAGGGUCAUUAAGUGGCGCGGCACGGACAAUAACGUGCAGUUCAUUCAUAAGACACUUCAAGAGUAUUGUGCAGCUAUAUACUGCCAGAGUCUUUUAAGGAACGGCGACGGUGAAUUUCAGAAGAUUCUUGAUAAACUUGGCGAUCCUAUGCAUUUUGAGUACAUGCUGCGCUUCUGCUGCGGCGACAAUGAAAAGUGCACACGGCAUGUGUUGCGGAUGCUGCAUCAGAAGUUUCUGCAGGAAUUGGCUUUAAAUUGUUACUUUGAAAGUCAGUCAAAAGGUUUGUUCUCGGAUUUCAUCGAGUGGUUUUUCACUGAAUCUAUCGAGAUAUAUUACAAUAGCAAGGACUCAUUGAACUCGUUUGUGUGGUUGCUGCAGCAUGUUGCUGAGCACACAGGGCCCUCGGGAGUAGAUUACCUCGCUAAAGUACGUCAAGUUACAUUUAAGAAGGUUGACUUGUCAGGGUCGAUUGAAAUCGUACCGCAAGGCUUUGGCAGGUGUACUGCAGCCAUUCAGUAA